AUGGAAAUCCACUAUAACCUCCUACCCUGCGCUGUGCCCGCGCUGCGGCACAGCGGCCCAUGGGGGAGGCGGGAGGGCGAGGGCAGCCCAAUGCCCAACCUACGGCAACGAGAUUCCAUACUUUUGUCCGUGCUGCUUAGGGAAGCACCCGGCCUGGUUAUGGCGUCUUCUGGCAAUUCGAGUGACGAUGCCAGCGGUCCCAGCCGAGCACAGGCGGUACAUCUCCCUCCCCUACUACAACAACUAUCCUCUGGGCUCUCUGAGCUAGCGAUAUCUCCCUCGCCGCCAGCUACUGAAGCUGCGACUUACGACAAAGAUUUGGCUGCUUCUGAGCCCGUUACGGAUGAGGAGUUUCCUGACGACAUCAUCCCGGGCACAGUCGCUGAGUGGCAGAAGCUUCGCUGUAAGAACAGGAGGGCUGUAAACAGAGGACAGAUCAUCAAAAACAUACAGGUUGAGACAUUGUAUCAGUGGUCAAGCAAAGGGGGGGGGGGGGGGGCACUGCGCCUGGCUGCGGCAUUGAGAGAUCCCCGUAUCAAGGAUGCAUUGGAACCGACGGGCAUCAAGAUCACCGACUCCGAAGAAGCUGGCGAUGUAUUUCACUCCGCUACAGUCCGCAGGGAAAUGAAGGUGCUCUUGACUACAGACCCGUUCAAUGACUUCAAGCCUUAUGCCCAUCAAGGCGAUGAUGCUGCCACCAUUACCGAGAUGUGUAGCACCUCUUAG